AUGCUGCAGCCCCUCCAUGCCACCCUCUUGCCCGCCGCCCUGAUCCCCCCCACGGGACACGACACCCAGCAGAGCAGCACAUCGCCAUGCCUGCCCAACCAUCCAGCCAGUGCAAGCAGCCCCAGCCCAUCAGUUCAUGAGCGGGAAACAUGCACCAGCCGGGUAACCGGCCCAGGCAGGCCAACCAUUCCAGGCCAAGCACAAGCCGCCAGUCGCCCCAGUGCAGGCACAAUGCUCCACUGUCCCACCCACCCAACCGCCAACCUCAGCCCGGCCAGGGGCCAGAGCCACAGAGGGAAGCAUUGGAGGAAAGCCACCAAAGCACGCCAAGGACCGGGCACCCCGCCAACCCUGCACCCAACCCUAGAGGUGCCACAGCAUGCUGGCCACCCACUCUCCCACACAGUACACCCCGCCGCACCAAGCAGGCUGGCUGGUCAGCCCCUCCACCGAAGCGAAGCCACAUCCCAAUCAACACCACACACUGUCCAGCCAAGACCCCCUCGCCAGAGCCCAGUGCCCCACCCAACCGGUGGACCGGGGACUGAAGCCAGGGAGAGAUCCAAGGAAAUCCAAGCAAUCUCGAGAGAGCCAAAACGCCAGCGCCAGACAACAUCUAAGACUCGAACCCCAACCCCAGCCCAGAUCCCGACCUGA